GCUGUGUGAUGAUUUCCUCUCGUCUUUCUAAUAAGGUAACAGUGAGUGUGAUUGGUGUCUCUCUCUCUCUCUCUCUCUGUAGGGGGCUGAGUGAGGGGACACACUUCUCUCAGUCUCUCUGGGCGAGUGGAGAUGAACACAUGGUGUAGAACGAGGAGGGAGAUGGAAAUGUGUCUGACUUUUCUUCUUCUCUCAUCCACACUCACACUCACAGCAGCUGACAGUGUGAGGUUGGUGGAUGGUGGAAGUCGCUGUGCUGGGAGAGUGGAGGUUCUUCAUGAUGGACAGUGGGGAACAGUGUGUGAUGAUUACUGGGAUACGUUUGAUGCUGCAGUGGUGUGUAGAGAACUGCACUGUGGGGAAGUUGUAGAUGCACCAGUUUCUGCUUACUUUGGAAAAGGAUCAGGACUAAUCUGGAUGGAUAAUGUGCACUGUAGUGGAUCAGAGUCUGCACUGAAGGAGUGUAAUUCAGAUGGGUGGGGAAAGCAUGACUGUGGUCUAAACGAAGAUGCUGGAGCCACCUGCUCAGGUCGGAAUUCCAGACUCACUGCUGGUCCUCACCGAUGUUCUGGAAGAUUGGAGGUGUUUCAUGGAGGUUCCUGGUCCACAGUGUGUGAUGCUGACUUUGACCAGCAGGAUGCAGAGGUUGUGUGUCGAGAGCAGGAGUGUGGGAUUCCUGUGAAGGUUCUGGGAUCAGCUGCUUUUGGUCGAGGGGAGGGUCAGGUGUGGACAGAGGAGCUUCAGUGUAAAGGAAAUGAAUCUGAAAUUUACUUCUGUCCAUCAUCAUCUUCACUCAAACACUCAAACUGCUCCCAUCACAAUGAUGUGGGAUUAAUAUGUUCUGGUCACACAGAGGCUCGGCUGGUGAACGGAUCAGACUCCUGUUCUGGUCGAGUGGAGCUCCAGUACCUCAGUGAGUGGGGCACAGUUUGUGCUGUAGGCUGGGAUAUGAGAGCUGCAGAUGUUCUCUGUGCACAGCUGGAUUGUGGGAGUGCUGUGGCUGUAGUGGAGGUGGACUGGUUUGUGGAGGGGAGUGGCCACAUCUGGGCUGAUGUGUUUGAUUGUCAGGGAAUGAGACACACCUAUCACAAUAUAUUAACAUCACGCACACCACGAUCAUCCAUGGCGUUUCAUGAGGGGCGAGUGCGGUUGUCUGGACGGAGCGAGUGUCAGGGGGAGGUGGAGAUUUAUUUCAGGCAGGACUGGAGGAAAGUUCUCCUGGACUCGUGGAGUCUGUCUGAGGCGUCUGUGCUCUGCAGACAGCUGGGCUGUGGCUCUGUGCUGAACUACCGUUCAUCUCCAUCCACCACUGAACACAAACACAUGUGUGUAACGGCUUUCAGCUGCUCUGGGAGUGAAGCUCAUCUGGGGAACUGCAGCAGUGCACAAGCUGUCAACUGUACCUCUGGAGAACAUCUGUACAUCACCUGCUCAGCAGGAAUCUUUAACUCCACCCACAGCUCCAUCAGGCUGGUAGGUUCUGGAGGAGACUGUGCAGGAAGGCUGGAGGUUUUUCACAGUGGUUCAUGGGGAACAGUGUGUGAUGACUCUUGGGGUAUUGAGGAUGCAGAUGUGGUGUGCAGACAGCUGCAGUGUGGACGGGCCCUCAGUACCCACACACCAGCCUGGUUUGGUCCUGGAACUGGGUCCAUAUGGCUGAAUGAGGUGGAGUGUGAGGGGAAUGAGACGUCCCUGUGGAACUGCAGAUUUCAGCUGUGUGAAGAGGGUGAAUGUGGACACCAGGAGGACGUAGGAGUUGUGUGCUCAGAGUUUAAAGAGAUCCGACUCACGGGGGGCUGUGAGGGGAAUCUGGAAGUGUUCUACAAUGGAACCUGGGGAAAUGUGUGUCACAAUCAGAUGGAUGAUGAAACAGUAAACAUGGUGUGUCGAGAGCUGAACUGUGGAACAGGUGGAAGUCUGAAAAACACUGAAGCUCGAGUAAAAUCUGCUCCUAACUGGCUGGAUUAUCUGAAGUGUAGGAAACAUGACUCUAAUCUGUGGCAGUGUCCAUCUUCACCCUGGGGACAGAACAGCUGUGACAAUCAUAAUUUUGUUUAUAUCACCUGCAGAGAUGUUGGAACUUCUCUUCGUACUCGAGGGACUCAUUGCACAAAACACUGGUCUCUCAGGCUGAGUGGAGGAAAGGGAAGCUGCUCUGGGAGGUUGGAGGUGUAUCAUAACGCUACAUGGGGCUCCGUUUGUGAUGAUCAGUGGAACAUCAGUAACGCUCAGGUGGUGUGCAGACAGCUGGGCUGUGGGUCGGCGCUGAGUGCUGAUAGGUUUGUUCCUGGUGAAGGGACUGUCUGGCUGAACAGAGUGAAGUGUCGAGGGGAUGAGAUUCACCUGUGGGACUGUCAUCAUUCCCUGAAGAAACACACUGACUGCUCUCAUGCUGGAGUCACCUGUGCAGGUCAGAGGGACGUAUCUGCAUCCACCACUUCUACAACCAAAUCAACAACAAUCUCCACCACAACAGCCAGAAGAACAGGAACAUCAACAUCACCUCCAUCCACCCCUCCACUGGUUCUCUUUGUGUUGGGGACGCUGCUCUUCCUGGCCUUAGUGCUUCUGGUGGUACUGUUUUACCAGAACAGAGUGCUCAGGAGAGUGGUCUCUAAGAGGAGGCGUAAGACUCAGCCUGAGGCAGUCUAUGAGGAGAUCAACCACAGAUACAUCACUAGAAGAAUCACGAGCUCCACUCAAAGAGGAAGUCUCCUCUCUGAAGAACAGUAUUCUGGGUAUGAGCAUGUGGAUGAUGAGCUUCUCUCAGUAAAGUCUGGGAUUGGAGAAAAGGCUGAGGAUUAUGAUGAUGUCAUCGACACCAGUGACUUCAUAAGUGCUACAGGAAGAGUGGAGGCACCAGAGGACUACGAUGAUGCCGUCACUGCUGGACCGAUCCCUGAUAACGUGGAUGAGGAUGAAGCUGAGAAUUAUGAUGACGCCAUUACAGCUGAUCAGAAGUCAGUUCUACUGACAGAGGACGUGUGUGAGAACUAUGAUGAUGCAGUUACUGCUGAAACAAACCCAAACAUCAUCACAGAAGAUGAAGAUGAAGAUGAUGAUGAUGAUGUGAUCAGUGAGGAACAGGAUGUAGGAGAGACAGGAAAAUGUGAUGAGGUGGAGGAGAAAUCUCAGAAAAACAGGGACCAUGUGACUGAGACACGCCACCAAAGGCCUUUUCUCAGGAAAUUACAUUUCAACUUUUACAAAGACAAAAAAUGAUUUGAUUCUACUUCCAAUAAUGUCAUGUUUUCUGAAUGGUGUUGAUUCUCCCCCUAGUUAUUAGUAAAUAGAGUAGUGAGAGUUCAAUCCCCUUUCAUAUGACUUCAUGCAAAAUCUCCAGCUUUUCCUUUCCUACACUUUUAAUGCUAUAAGUCAACUUCAAUAUCACUGUCACACCACAACUCAUUUAUCACAACAAUUCUUUCAUCAAAACUGCUCUGAUUUUCAUCUUCAUGUUUUCCAUUCAUCAACUUCUUAUUCAGUGUGUUUAGAAAUGUGUUAGUGACUAUAAACCACUUCACAACUAACAAAAAGCUUUUUAUUCCUUAAAACUAUACUUUUUUAUUCAGUUCAAACAAAGACACAUUUACAUUUCUGUUCAAUUCUGUGUUUUUAACUCCAAACUAUAGAAAUUAAUUGUAUUCCAGAAUUCUAUUAUUGAAUAUGCUAAUUAAAUAGCUUCCUAUAUUGCAUUGUUUGAUGCAUCUAAUAUAUGUUAUUAUCGUAAGUACAAGGUCGGUUUCGUUGGUUUCUUCCUUCUGCAUCUCAGGGAGUUUUUCCUUUACCACAGUCUCCACUGACUUGUUCAUCAG